AUGGCUCGAAAGGACGCCAAGACGCGCACCUUCGAGGUGAGCAAGACGGGCCGAUGGACUUUGCUAGGAAUCCCCAUCAACUUUGAGUCCACCGUCCUGGCGAAAGAGGACUGGAAGAAGUAUGAAAUCAGCUUCAAGUUGAAGAAGCAGGGUGCGAUGAAGCACAUGUCAGGCUUCUGGCGCGUGGUGCCCGUCAGCCAGGACGAGUCCAUUGUCCUCUUCUACAAUGAGGCCGUCCCCUUCAUUCGCAUUCCAUCCUUCUUCCGGGCCUUCGCCGGUCGCCUUAUCCGAGAGAUGGCGGCGUCUUUGCUGGAGGAUCUCCGAGGGGCCAUCGUCCGAUGGCAGGCUGAGGAGGCAGCCGGCGUGGUUCGAGUCCUCAAUUCGUGGGAACCCGGAGACAUCGAAGCUCACCGGCAGUCGAUGGAGAAGGCUGCCCAGCUCACAGAGAGCUGA